AUGUCUAAAUUAUCGUAUAACAAUCUCAUCUUCUUGAUCAUCAUCGUCUCCUCGUGUUUGGGUUUGAGAUCAUCAGCGUUUACGAAUCUCAAUACCUUUAGCUUCGAAGAAUCUCUUUCUCCUCUAUUUGGUGAUGCCAAUCUCGUACGUUCACCAGAUGAUCUCUCCGUUCGCCUCCUUCUCGAUAAAUAUACUGGUUCUGGUUUCAUAUCAUCGAAUAUGUAUCACCAUGGGUUCUACAGCUCUAUGAUCAAGCUUCCGGCCGAUUAUACUGCUGGCGUUGUCGUCGCCUUUUAUACAUCAAAUGGAGACGUGUUCCAGAAAACACACGACGAGUUAGACAUAGAGUUUUUAGGGAACAUAAAAGGAAAACCAUGGAGGUUUCAGACAAAUCUGUACGGUAAUGGAAGCACGCCUAGAGGUCGUGAAGAGAGAUAUCGUCUCUGGUUCGAUCCUUCUAAAGAGUUUCAUCGUUACAGCAUCCUCUGGACUCCUCACAAGAUCAUAUUUUGGGUCGAUGAUGUGCCAAUAAGAGAAGUGAUAAGAAGUGAAGCAAUGGGAGCCGAUUAUCCAGCAAAGCCAAUGGCUCUUUACGCCACCAUCUGGGACGCCUCUGAUUGGGCGACCUCAGGUGGCAAAUAUAAAGCUAAUUACAAAUUUGCUCCUUUCGUUGCUGAGUUCAAAUCUUUCUCCCUUGAUGGUUGCUCCGUCGACCCCAUCCAAGAAGUUCCUGUUGAUUGUUCUGACUCUGUCGAGUUCCUUGAAUCGCAAGAUUAUUCUUCCAUCAAUUCACAUCAACGUGCUGCUAUGAGAAGAUUCCGACAACGGUUUAUGUAUUAUUCUUAUUGUUACGAUAUUGUUAGGUAUCCGGAGCCACCGCCAGAGUGUGUUAUUAUUCCGGCAGAGAAGGAUAGGUUUAGGGACACAGGGAGGUUGAAAUUUGGUGGUACGGAGGCACGUGAACGCCGGAGGAAUCGUCGGCAACAAACACAUGAGAUUGAGAGUGAUCCUGAUGAAAGAAAGCUUUAA